UGUAUGUAAUUGAUGGGCAUAUAAAGUAACUGGGAAACUGCCAAUCAAGCUAUUGUUUUUCAAUACUUAGUGAUUUCCACUUGUGAAAUUUCAUCCAUACCAGUUUCAACCCCGUCAAGAUGAAGUUUGUUGUUAUUUUCAUCAUCGUGCAGUGCUUAUUGAUUCAAUACGCAACGGCUGAAUUUUCAGCACAAAAAUACAAGGAAAUGCACGAUACUUGUGUUAACCAAAGUGGUUGUCCAGAGGACAUUAUCGAGAAUGCGCGCAACGGUGACUUUAACCCGGAUCAAAGAUUCAAAGCAUUCUUGAAAUGUUGCUUUGAACAGGAAGAUGGCCUUGAUGCAAAUGGUAAUAUACUGGUUGACAAAGUCCUGGAAUCUUUCCAUGACGAUCUUGUUGCAAAAUAUGAAAAACCAAUGAGGGAAUGCAACGAUAUCGUUUCACACGCCGGUGACACCCUGGAUUACAUCUACAACUAUUGUUAUUGUGCCUACGAAAAAACUAAGGAGCAUUUUGAUAUUCCUUAAGUGAAUGUUUAUCAGCAAUUGGAGUUAUUGGAAUUAUUUCCUGAAUAAUUUUAUAGAACGAUUUGUUUGUAGGCAAUCUGAAAACAAUUUUUUUUAUCUACUCUUUACAUUUAAUCCAUUGUAAAUUAUAUCCAACAUGUUGAGAUUUUAAUAUUAAAUUUACAAGUGCACAAACAUAAAAAUAAGAA